GUGAGCAAGUGUCACCUUUUAGAGAGAGAAACAUAACUGAAAAUCAAUUUUUCUAGCUAGAGAGAGAGACACAUAGACAUACAACACAGAGAAAACAAACAGGCAUAAACAAACAUUAAACAGAUUCAUUGAUACGAACAAAAAUUCUUGUUCUUCCUAAGAAUUCCCGUCGCAAAUGGCAGCUGUUUCUUGAUCGUCCCGUACGAAUUGCAUUUUCCCCUAAUCAUAUUCUUCUCUCUCUCUACCCAAACCCUAUCUCACUAUUUCUCGAAAUUCAAGCCCACUUACGAAACUCUUCAUCCAUGGUUUUGCAUGGGUGAUCAACAAAGUUGAUGAAUUUUUUAGAUUGCUGAUGAAUUUAAUCGAUGUGGGGUGUCGCGAAGAAAGAAAAAAAAUUAGGGUUCAUAAAGAAACGAUUUUUAUAUGUGAUUAGGGUUAACAACAAUCUGAAUUGAUUUUUGGGUUGAUUGCUUUGUAACACUAAAAGAUAUAUAUGGACGUAAAAGAACGCAAACCACAGAGGAUUUAUCAAGCUUGGAGAGGAAGCAAUACAUUCGUAUUCGGAGGAAGAUUGGUCUUCGGUCCCGAUGUAUCUCCUUUGUUUUUUUCCACGUUCUUAAUAGUCGGCCCUGCCUUUGCAUUUUGUGUAAAGAUCUCGUUUAUCAUCAAACAUCGGACGAACAGAAACGAAACUGCUCUCCCAUGGUGUUAUGUACUUACUGUGGCUAUACUUCUUACCAUAUUGGAUUUGUUCUUCUUGUUCCUCACAUCGAGUAGAGAUCCGGGAAUUAUUCCUAGGAAUACUAAACCACCCGAGUAUGACGAAACUUUCGAAAUCGACAGUACCCCUUCGAUGGAGUGGGUCAACGGGAGGACCCCACAUUUAAAACUACCUCGUACCAAGGACGUUUUCGUAAAUGGACACGCAGUGAAGGUGAAAUACUGCGAUACGUGUUUGUUGUAUCGCCCCCCUCGCGUAUCUCAUUGCUCGAUAUGUAAUAACUGUGUCCAGAGAUUCGAUCACCACUGCCCUUGGGUUGGCCAAUGCAUCGGUAUACGUAAUUAUAGGUACUUUUACAUGUUUAUAACAACAUCGACGGUCUUAUGCGUGUAUGUAUUCGUGGUUUCUUGGAUCAACCUUGUCCAAACGAAAGGCAAAGCCACGCGAGCUAUGUCGAGAGAUAUUUUAUCGGAUUUUCUUAUUGUGUACUGUUUUAUUGUUGUUUGGUUCAUUGGUGGACUUACGGUUUUCCACUUUUAUCUGAUUAGCACUAAUCAGACUACGUACGAGAAUUUUAGGUACCGGUAUGAUAGGAAAUCGAAUCCGUAUAACAAAGGGAUAAUCGAGAAUUUUCGAGAAGUGUUUUUCUCAAAAAUUCCGCCAUCAAUGCACGAUUUUCGAGCGUUUGUUAAGGAAGAUGACAUCAUGGCAAUUGAAGCCACAGACGAUGAUGUGGCGAAAGGAAAAAUCGAUAUUGAAAUGGGGAAUAAGUUUGAUGAUGAGGGCGAUAACGUCCUUUCGCUUCCGAAGAUUUUACGAGGUGUAGAAUUUGAGGGCAUCGAGGACAUUCUGGAACACGAGGGAGGGAGCGAAAGAGCCGAUUCGGAUAGGUUUGUGGUUCGUGUUGAAGUUGUGGCUAAUGCAGAGGAGAAAAAUGCCAUGGUAUAA